UCAGACCCCUCAAGAUCAUUUGUGACAUUGUUCAAAACGGGGUUUUGGGAGUUGCUGUUCAUCUAAACUCUACAGCUAUGGACUCAAGAACGGUGUUGGUCUUAUUAUGGAUGUUGCUGUUGUGCACCUCCACUGGAAUCAAACUAGAUGGAAAUGGUUAUGUUGAUGUUACCAUUGCAAUCAGUUCAAGAGUACCACAGGAUAACACGCUCAUUGAUAAAAUCAAGGACAUGGUCACUGAAGGGUCGAUUCAUCUUCAUCAAGCAAUGGAUAAAAAGGUCUAUUUCAAAGAAGCAACGAUAUUAGUUCCACCCACCUGGAAUAGUAAGGAAUUUACCAAAGCAAGAGCAGAGUCCUAUGAAAAGGCAAAAAUAAUAAUUGAUAAUGCUAAUCGAGCAUAUGGUGAUGAACCUUACACUCAUCAGUAUGGUGAAUGUGGAGCUGAGGCUCAGUACAUUCAUUUCACCCCAAACUUCCUCCGAGACGACAAACUCAUUAAGACUUAUGGGUCAAGAGGAAAGGUCUUGGUUCAUGAAUGGGCUCAUCUGAGAUGGGGCGUGUAUGAUGAAUACAGUGAAACAAAACCAUUCUAUCACUCUAAUGGCCGUAUUGAAGCUACAAGGUGUAGCAAAAACAUUGAAGGUCAGUUUUAUGAUGAAUCAAAUCGACCGUGCCACACUGAUCCACAAACUUUACUACCAACUAACGGGUGCAAGUUUUUUCCUAACAAAUAUCAAAACACAGACAGCUCUAUCAUGUUCUUACCAAGCCUGGAUUCUGUGAGCACAUUUUGUCGUGAAAGCGAGCACAAUUAUGAAGCCCCAAACUUGCAAAACAAAAAAUGUGGCAAAGCAACAUGGACUGUGAUAUUUGAGGAUUCUGUUGAUAAAGACGCACUUCGUUCUCUGAAACCACUGCUGUCCUCUCCACCAGCGCCAUCUUUCAAAGUUGUGCAGCGAAUGCAUCGGGUUGUUUGUCUCGUCCUUGAUGUCUCAGGAAGCAUGCAAGGCUCCAGAAUCCUUCGACUACAGCAGGCUUCCACACAUUUCCUGCAGAACAUCAUUGAGGAUCAAGCCAGUGUUGGAAUUGUAACCUUUAGUUCCGAUGCUUCUACUCUGAGCCCCUUGACUACUAUUGAUGAUUCCACACGAGAGAAACUCGUCAAAUUGUUGCCAAAAGUAGCAGAUGGAGGGACAUACAUAUGUAAAGGCCUCAAUUUAGGCUUAGAGGUACUCAAAAAGGACAAUGGGGAUGUGAUAGGGGAUGAAAUCAUUUUUCUGACAGAUGGUGAAGCAUCGGAUGAUAUUAAUAGUUGUGUCCCAGCUGCAAUUGAAAGUGGCGCCAUUAUACACACAAUAGCUUUGGGUAAUAAAGCAGAUGAAGCACUGAGGAAAAUGGCUGCCAAAACUGGGGGGAAAUUUAUCACAGCCAGUGACGACAUUCUCUCUAAUCAGCUACUGAAUGGAUUUUCUUCACUUACAAUACCAACAGGAAAUCAAACAAAAGACCCAGUUCAGAUAGACAGUGUGGGAAUAAAAACAUCAGACUGGUUCAAUGGGACAAUAUUAGUGGAUCAGACCAUUGGUACCAAAACCAGCUUUACAAUAACCUAUGAAAAAAGUUUACCUGACAUUUCCAUACAGUCACCAAGUGGCUCAACCUACAAACAAGUACAGAUGCGUCAUGAUGAAGCAGCAAAAACAGUCACUUUAAAAGUUCCAGGAACUGCAGAACCUGGGGACUGGAAGUACAGUAUCCAAACUACAAUAAGUCAGUCUCUGACUAUAACAGCAACGAGUCAAGCGGCGCGUGCUGAUGUUCCCCCUAUCGUUCUCAAAGCCCACAUGAACCAGCAGUUCAGUGACGGCACUAAACCCAUGAUAGUGUUUGCUGAGGUCAGUCAGAACUACAAGCCUGUAAUAAAGGCUGAAGUGUGGGCUUACCUGGAGUCUGAAUCUGGGUCCGCACAAGAAUUACAACUUCUGGACAAUGGAGCAGGAGCUGAUACUUUCAAAGAUGAUGGCAUUUAUUCCAGAUAUUUCACUCAGAUAAAAAAAGGGAGAAGCAGCUUGAAAGUAAGAGUGAAGAAUCAAGAUGGACUAGCCAGAUUUACUUUCCAAAAAAGCGGUGGUGCCCCAUACGUACCUGGAUAUGUGGUAAACGGUGUGGUGGAGAUGAAUCCUCCAAAGCCUCCAGUUUCUGAGGAAUCACUUGAGGUUGGAAGAUUUACCAGGACAGCCACUGGAGAGAGUUUUGAGGUGGCUUUUACAGGCUCAACCCCACCAAAUUUCCCUCCUAACAGAAUCACAGAUCUGAGUGCUGAGAUCCAGGAGGACUCUGUGCUUCUCAACUGGACGGCUCCUGGUGAGGACCUCGACUAUGGGACAGCUAAAUCCUAUGAGAUCAGGUGGAGCUUUGACCUUAAAGUGCUUCGAUUCAACUUCAGCAAUGCUCACAUAUUCAACACAGCUGCUAUCUCACCGCAGGAGGCUGGAUCAGUUGAACAGCAUUCAUUCAAUCCUAAUAUCACUAUCCAAAAUGGCACCACAAUCUUUUUUGCUGUUCAGUCUGAGGACAAAGAAAAUGUAAAAUCUGAAAUCUCCAACAUUGCUCAAGCUUCAAAGAUGCUCCCUGGUCCAAAACCCACAGAAAUGCCAGAAAUAGACCUGAAGUUGAUGUUUAUUGCAAUUUCUGUUUGUCUGGCAACUGUGGUGAUUAUUGGUAUUAUUGCGAUAACAACAUGGGCGUUGAGUCGAAGAAAACUUUCUGGUUCUUAGACUACAACUAACAUUAAUAUCUGAUGCAAAGAAAAUCUUUCUGUUGUACAAUUUUCUUUAGUUGUACACCAUAUGCUUGGCAAAAAUAUAAAAUGCAAAAUACAGUUUGGUAAAUUGUGUUUUGAUUUGUUUAUAUUGGAAAUGUUUGGCAUAUAAUUAAACUCUCUCAGAUGAUGA